CCAGCUGAAUUGAAUUUUGUGAAGUAAACUGGCCAAAACAUGAAAGGCGGAACGUUUCGCAACACGCAAUGGGACCCCACGCUGCUGACCGCCCAAAUCAUUUCGAUGCAGUUCUGCGUGUACUUCACACUUGGCCUCCUUGUGUUUGUAGCCAACAAGUUGUCUGGCGACAACUACACACUGGACCAUCUAUUCGAAUAUCGUGAAAUACACAUAUACGACCUAGGCGGCAAGCUGGUCAUUUGCGCCUUUGUCGUAAAUGCGUUUAUGGCUUCGCUGGCUCUGUGGUGCAUAGUAAGACGUGCGAAGCUGUGUCUGGACUUCAGUUGCACCUUUCAUGUCCUGCACUUGCUAAUUUGCUGGUGGUACAAUCGUUCAUUCCCCGCGAACGCGUCCUGGUGGCUGCUAAACGUCAUAACAGGAACCAUUAUGUGCAUAGGCGGGGAGUUUCUCUGUCUUCAAACCGAAAUGAAAGAGAUUCCAGUGGGCUAUGCUGCUCUCAACCAGAAGUCGGACGUUUGAUGGUCGAAAUUGCCAUUCACUUGUGAUGCUUGUUAGCUUUCCCAAGCCACCCAAUUCUCUAACGUACAUAUAAUUUAUUGUUAAACUAGAAUACGAUUACAUAGCAUUAUACCCUGUUGUGCGUUUGGACUAAUGUAAUAUCUGGUAGACGAAGGGCGGCCCGUGCUUCAGCUUGAGUCCCUCUGGCACCAUUCCCGGGAGUAUGGAGAACUUUUCUUCUGGCCCGGUGUAAUUGCGCGAAAUCAGCGACCAUAAGUGCACCUCCCGUGGAACAAACAUCCAGUAACUGAAGGCCAGCGUUAAGGUGAGGAUCAGAGAGCCCAACAAAAACAGCAUCCAGCACAGACCACGUUGUGACUUCUGCAUAUUGUCUCGAAAGCAAACUGACACACGAAAAUGUACACAGCCGAUCCGCAAAAAAUUAAACAAAUGAAUGAAUGCAGCAAAAAAUGCCCGUAAUUGAACAACACCCGAAUAGCUCGCGCGGGUGUGGUCGUGCGGCAGGUAGCUUCCAUUUAGGUCACGCCCAUUUCCUUUUUUAAAUUUUAGCGACAACACAACGCAAGAAAGUUGCGCCGCAAGCUUCGAGCUUUACUCUCUACACAAAUUUAUCUGAGAAGACAAACAAAGAAUCGACAGCACGAGUCCGCUCCUCUCCCCUGCAACUGCCCCUGUCUCUGCCACCACAAUGCAAAGCGAACUAAUCAGGUUUGUCUAAUCUAAUCUAAUUAGUUUAUGGGACCACGAUCGUUAUUUCCGUCGACAGGCAGCCCAACAGACUUCGCUGUACUGGUAUUUCCCAAUUACUCUCGUCGCUGGAUGCUAUGCUCGUUCGACUCGAAACCUUUUCGGAUCGCACAUCGCACUCAUCAAGUAUGUUACAUCUCAUACGUAUGAAGAGUGCACGCAUCAUCUAUGCAAUUCGUUUUUUAAUUUAUUUAAACGUAUUUUUGUUCGCCUGAGCAUAAAAUAAAUUGAAAUUAUCAAGA